AUGGACAUAUCAGAGAAAAUGGAUCCAUUGAGCGAGCGGCGCCUCCAAGAGCUGCAAAUGGCGGAUCUAGGAACAGCUAGGCGUGAGUACAUAUCGACGGUGGAUAAACCAAACAGAUUCGCAAAUGUUAGACUGGAGGAGGUCGAAGCAAGUCGAAUCUCGAACAGGAAGGGAUCGGACGCACAGUUGAUGGCCGAGAAGAAUAAGGCAAAGCUUGCGGCAUGGGCCAAUGUCUACCAGGAUAUUGGAGAUACUGGCGAUUUGGAAGAUUUGGACCGACUCAUGGAUGGCCAAAGCCACAGGGCCCAGCUCACUGCGACCAUACGAGAACAUGGUGGCCAGUCUUAUGCAAACAGUGCAGCAACGGAUGACAACUUCCUGAGAAGCACAGGGAAUAACUCGGGGAGAGAUUCGCGCCACAGGGGUCGUGGUGGUGGUAUCAUAGGCACUCGCGGUCGCAUGUCAUCUUUGCACAGUUCUCCAGGCAGGACGAAUAACCAAGGAAGCGUUGCCAAACUGGGACACCAUAUCCCUCAGACACCAGGUGCUAGAAACCGUCCUCUUGAUCCUGCUGUCGAUCCGGACAGGGAAUACUUCUUGAAGAGCAAGAGCAGAGGUGCAAAGCCACCAGCCCAGCGCUAUCAAUCCAGACCUUCAAACCUCAAAGCCAGACGUCCAGUCAUCCCAGAUCAGAACUAUGAGAACCUCCUGGCGGAUCCACAAGGCUUUCUAGCUGCAGUUCGCAGUCGGAGAGAAGACUCAACGGCCUCAGCCAGUCAAAAAAGCACCAGCAUAGCAGACUCGGAUUCAUAUGCUCAGGAAUCGGCAUAUAGAAAACCGGAGACUGAGUCUAAUAGUAAGACUACGUUCGACGUAGCUGAAGACGUUACAAAGGCGGCAUUUACUUCACAUGAGAAGUCUGUCAAUCUGCCUGAGCCUUCAAUUUCUGCUGCGAAAACAGGAAAUAAAACCAUGGAGCCACUGUUUGCCUCUGAGGGUGCGCAGUCUGAAGUGAAAAAGAUGCCAGUCAAGCCCCAUGUGAGAGAACACCACUCGCGGCAUGGCAGUCAGCCAUCAACACAAACAGAAACAAAGACACAGAACCUUCUAAAAGGGUUCACUUCCAAUCUUCCCCAGCCUGCAUUCAUCUCUCCCAAAUCCCCACCAUCCAAGAAAGCAGUUUUAAAACCAACACCUGAAGAGCCCUGCGGUGACUUGCUUCUGGACUUCAGCUCCGCACCAUCUCUCCCUGUUGAAACUUCGAAAGCAUCUACCUUCUCGUCACAACAACCGACUUCACCUCUCCCAAAAAGCCCUGCGGUCGAUGAUUUGAUGGACAUCGACUUUAAGCAGAGUUCCCAGGAGCCAACUCUUUCUACGGACACACUUUCACCCCAGCCUCCUGCACCAGCGAUUACUACUCAACCAGCAGCAAUGGCUUCCAGCCAAGCUUCCAACAUCUCAGCAUCCACAAUUAAUGAGCAAGCCAUCGCAGAGUACCUCAAAGAGAUAUCAAUGCUUAAUGAUCUGGUGGCAAACUCGCCUCUUGCCGGUGCACUUCAGGACAUGAUAAAACAGCGGAAGCAGGAGCUGGAAGCCAAGAUAUUCUCAGCGCUGCGCACCCAGGCAGCUUCCAGUCCAUCUGAAGCUCCAAUCAAAACAAUUGGCAAAGCAGAGACUGAGAAUUUCCUUCACACUAAAGCUGGAGCAGGUCAGGAAGUGCAUCAACCACCACUAUCCGCCACAAAGCCAGAGUUCAACGAGCAGAAGUGUUCUGAGACAACCCAGAACACUCCUACAAUAAGAGAUACUCCCAAGGCCGAGAGUCCACUACAGAAAGCUGUCACUGCUGAACCUUUCGUGCCUAGCUCCAGUGGUUGGGAUUACAGGUCUCCCAGGAAGAUCAGCACCUCCAGUGAAUCAGAAAGCCCUGGAAGCUCAGGCGAGAAUAUUCGUGAUACUAAGAGCACUAUCAUAGGCGACCAUUUGCUUCCAGGAAGGCAUGGAACCAAUAUCUCCAAUUCCACAGCUCGUCCUGCAAGUGCUUCGGUUCAGAUGCAUGAUAGUAAUGUUGACUACCUUUGUCAAACUCUGAAUGAGUGGUUAACAAGUGACUUAGGACCGUCCGUCGGUAACAGCUCGACAGUCUUCGCUUCAAGCCAACACAACCGACCAGCUCAUCAAGGUGGAACGCAAGCCGGUGGAAGUGUUUUGUCUAGUAUGAAACCUCCUGCGUUCGAGGGCUUUUUCACUUCUUCCACGGCGGCAGAGCAAUCCUACACUAAGGCAGAGAACAAGCCUUUCUCAGGUCAUCAGGAAAUGGGCACGAAUGACCAGGGUUUAUUCAAAGAUUCACGCAUCGCGUCCAGCAGACCUGCGAAUAAAGAAUCUGCCUUCCCAAAUAUUCCUAUGUCGGCAGCCACCAGGCAGUAUGCCAGCAACGCCUCGGCUACACUUAUUCAGCGCCAGACCAGCACCCACAGUUCCAAUCUUCCAGCCUCUGCAGCUCCGAGGAAAUAUGCUGACAAUGUCUUCGAGACUCCCUCCAAGGGCCCGGGACACACCACGCGAGCUACGCCUAAUAUUCCUAUGUCAGCUGCCACGAGACAAUAUGCUUCCAGCACUAACCCACCCCAAUCUGAACGUGCCCCUCAGGAGACUACUAAAUCUCCCAACAUCCCGUUAUCAGCAGCUACUCAGCAGUAUGCAGUUAAUGCUCCCAAGUCUGCUUUCAAAAAGCUUCUGUACCCUGAGACGGUUACACCUCCCUCUUCCGUGAGAGAGCAAAGCGACCAAAGCGCGCAUACACCGAUAACCCUUUCUUCUCCAAGAACGGGGCAGCGUAACACAUCCACUCAACGCAACGAUCCUAGAAAGGCCUCUGGGCUGAUGGCCUCGAAAUAUGCGGACCCUUACUAGCCAUUCCGUUGAAAAAAACUGCCACUCUUGAAGACUGGGAGUAUGGCACUGCACACAUUGAGUCGAGGCUCAUCACUGAUCCAAAGAGAGAUCUUGCUGCACUAUCAUCAUCGGCUAUCAUCUGCGCAGUAAUCUGAGAACCAAGGUCUAUCGUGAGCUCGUCCUCAGGGACUGAUCAGCAGUCAUUCACUAGCAUAUCAUCGACAUUCUUGGCCAACAUCCUCACCAUGUGGUCCAUUAUUCGA